UCCCCGGGAGCUGCCGUCAGGAGGGAGGGGCGCACCGGGCCCGCCGCCUCCCGGUGCACACCUGUCUCCGGCUUCGCCUCUCCUCUCUCUCGGCCGUCCCCGCCACCGCAGCCCCGCACAAGCGGCCCGCACCGCCCCGCGUCCGUCCCGUCUCGUCCCGUUCGGCCGUCCAUGGGAGCGGCGGCGAAGCGAGGCAGGUGCCGCUGAGCAGCAUGGCCAAGGGGCCCGAGCAAGAGGACGCCUUCCUGCACCUCCCGGCCACGCAGGCGAUGUCUGCCGCCGCCGCCGCCGCGCCGGAGGAGUGUUAUGCGGAGCUGCUGGCGGGCGGCCUGCUGCCCUACGCCGAGGAGGGGCUGGGAACCGGGAGGGGGCUGCCGGAGUUGCCCGUUGCCAUCAAGUCGGAAGUGCCUUUUAACGGUGAGACUUUCUCCUCGGAAGAAGAGGAUGCGGAUACUCACGACGGCAAACUGAGAGCCGCGGACAAGAGCCCGUCCCCGAAGAAGAGCAUCACGCAGAUGAUGAAGGACAAGAAGAAGCAGACGCAGCUCACCCUGCAGUGGCUGGAAGAAAACUACAUUGUCUGUGAGGGAGUUUGCUUACCAAGAUGCAUCCUUUAUGCACAUUAUUUAGACUUCUGCAGAAAAGAGAAGCUAGAACCCGCCUGUGCUGCAACUUUUGGGAAGACCAUUCGCCAGAAAUUCCCUCUUCUUACCACCAGGCGGCUUGGAACAAGGGGCCAUUCCAAGUAUCACUAUUAUGGAAUUGGCAUUAAAGAAAGCAGUGCAUACUACCACUCUGUGUACUCUGGCAAAGGCUUAACCAGGUUCUCUGGAAGCAAGUUGAAGAAUGAGGGUGGUUUUACUCGGAAAUAUUCUCUGAGUUCCAAAACUGGAACUCUCCUCCCAGAGUUUCCAAGUGCCCAACAUCUUUUACUUCAAGGAUGCAUUUCCAAAGACAAGGUAGAUACUCUUAUAAUGAUGUACAAAACACACUGUCAGUGUGUCCUUGACAAUGCAAUUAAUGGGAACUUUGAAGAGAUUCAGCAUUUCUUAUUACAUUUUUGGCAAGGAAUGCCUGACCAUCUUCUUCCCCUGCUUGAGAAUCCCAUCAUUGUUGACAUCUUCUGCGUUUGUGACUCGAUUCUGUAUAAGGUUCUUACAGAUGUACUUAUCCCUGCAACAAUGCAAGAAAUGCCAGAAAGUUUACUGGCAGAUAUAAGAAAUUUUGCAAAAAACUGGGAACAGUGGGUUGUUUCCUCUUUGGAAAAUCUACCAGAAAUCCUGAUGGAUAAGAAACUGCCUAUUGCUCGAAGAUUUGUUUCCUCCCUGAAAAGACAGACAUCGUUCUUACACCUAGCACAGAUUGCUCGGCCAGCACUUUUUGAUCAGCAUGUGGUGAAUUCCAUGGUGUCAGACAUUGAAAAAGUUGAUUUGAAUAGUAUUGGCUCUCAGGCACUCCUUGCAGUCUCAGGGAGUACAGAUCCUGAUGGAGAGGUCUACAAUGAAUAUGACUCUAUUACAGUAUUCCAAGAACUGAAGGACCUUCUAAAGAAGAAUGCCACUGUGGAAUCAUUUAUUGAAUGGCUGGAUACUGUGGUUGAGCAAAGGGUUAUCAAGACAAGCAAGCAAAAUGGGAGGUCAUUAAAGAAGAGAGCUCAAGACUUUCUUCUCAAAUGGAGCUUUUUUGGUGCUCGAGUGAUGCAUAACCUCACUCUGAACAACGCCUCAAGUUUUGGUUCUUUUCAUUUGAUCCGCAUGCUGCUAGAUGAGUACAUCCUGCUUGCCAUGGAGACGCAGUUCAACAAUGACAAAGAACAAGAACUCCAGAAUCUACUGGACAAAUACAUGAAGAAUUUAGAUGCAAGCAAAGCCACCUUUACUGCAUCACCAAGCUCUUGCUUCUUAGCAAAUCGUAACAAAACUGCUUCUCUGCCCAGUGACUCUUCAGUCAAAAAUGAGUGUCUAGCAGAGCAAACCUACGUGUCCUUGUCAGCUAGUCAGCCUAGCAGUAUGCCUUCAGGUCUAAAUCUCUUUGCCACAGGAGAUGGUGAGAAUAUGCAGCUGACAGGUCAGAUGGAGCUGCCUCAAAGCACUGGUAACCUGAUGACUCCACCCAUUUCACCAGCCCUGGUCAGCCGAGGAAGUGUGAUCAACCAGGGGCCAAUGGCUGUGAGACCUCCGAGUGUAGGCCCUGUCUUAUCCACACAUUCACAGUGCUCUUCCUACUCAGAACCCCUUUAUCAGACUUUGUCACAAACCAAUCAGAACUACUAUGGAAACAAUUCCGGUUACCAGGCUAUGUUCAGAACUCAGGCCCAUUCCACUUCAGGAGUUUACCACCACAGAGCAGAGCACAGCCGAUUCAAUGCUUUGAGUGAACAGCAGUUCUCCAGGGACUACUUCAACAACAGUUGUGCUGUAACUCCAUACAGUGCCAGAUCACCUUCCAGCUAUUGUCCCUCAUCCAUGACUCAGGAUGCGCACAAUAUGCAGUUUCUGAAUACAGGAAGCUUCAAUUUCUUGAGCAACUCAGCACCUACUUGUCCAGGAGCAACAUAUCCCCCUAAUGCUUCCAACGGAUAUUAUGGAAACAAUAUCAAUUAUCCAGAAUCUCACAGACUUGGAUCAAUGGUGGAUCAACAUGUUUCUGUAAUCAGCAGUGUAAGUAGCAUUCGACCAUUGCCAUCAUACAAUGAUACACAUGAUCCACUGAACAUCUUGGAUGAUAGCGGAAGAAAGCAAACAGGCUCAUACUACACAGAGUCCUCACCUUCAAUUGUCUGUCGAACUGCUAUGCCUUCAAACAUGCAAACCACAUCUUCGCAGUGUAUGUAUGGAACAUCUGGUCACUUCACUCCUCAAGAAAAUCUGGAGUCCCAUCAGCCAGCAAAUAGAGACAUGGUAUCAUCUUUACCACCAAUUAACACAGUCUUCAUGGGGACAGCUGCCGGAGGAACCUGAAGUGGGAGAGACGUUUCACUGUCUUAAGCUUGCUUUUCCAUUUCAGACGUUAAGGCUAUGAUGACAAUUCUUGUAGUUGGUGGAUUACGGAAGUAUUACAUAUAGAUGAAAAAUGAACCAUUUUAGAUUUUAGCACUCCUCCAUGCAGCAGAUCAGAUGUAUUCACCAUUUUUUUCCUACUUGUGAAUCACUCAGGAUUGUUCUCAUUACAGCUUUUCAGUCAGAAGUUCAGGAUGAACAUAAAGAGUUAGUGAUCCUUGACAGCAAGACUAACUUGUAAAUAAAUGAUUGAAUCUCUUCCUAAUUUAUUAAGAACGAUAUUUUAGUCUUUCACAUAUCUUUUAUAUUAAAAUGUUUAUUUAAUGCCUGUGUUGCUCACUAUUUAUUAGGACAACAGAGUAACUGUUUACUUUCUCUUAUUUGACAAUUGUCAAAUUGUAUCCUACCUCCUAUGGAAAUGUUUACAAGGUCAGUUUUUACUGUUUUAAAUGAAACUAAGUCAAAUUCUUACUUUUUUACUGUUGUGCUCUGGAAAAUUAAUUUCAAGUGUCUAGUGUCUACCCGUGUAAGCGGAAGUUCUCAGGAAAUAAAUAAAACAUCUUGUGGGAUUUUUUUCCUUUAAAGUAAACUGCUUUCUCUGAAAACAAACAAAACAUGCAAAUAUCAUUAGCUUGCCAAUGUCAGUAGCCAGUUACUGCAAGUGGAUAACUGAAACAAGUGAAACUACGGCACAAAAUGUCAUGAGAUUUUUCAAUAUUACUUGUAGUUUGAGCCCCAGAUUUCUACUGGUGGAAAUUCACAAAAAGGUGUCCAUCAUAUUUCAUGAGUUCAGGAAAGCUGUGUAUGUUCAGCUCAGGGGUAGUAAAGAUGAUCAAAUAUGUUGCAACUCCACAGAUCAGCUGGUUUAAUAAAAAACUAUUUUACAAGUGCCAUGAUAUUCUGUACACAAACAUGCAUUUACAUAUUUUUCUGAGGAAGUUAGGUGAAGAAUAUUAAUGUUAUUAAAGAGGAUAAAGAAAAGAAUACACUUAUAAAACAAGCUUCUUAGUAUGUGUUCAUGAAAUAGCAGGUAGAAUUUUAUAAUCAUGUGGACUCAACAUCAGAUUCAGAUUUGAAUUUAAGUCCAGACUUUCUAAUUGUUUGAGGCUAUUUCAUGUCUAUUUUCCUUUAGUGUUUUUUGUAAUUAAAUGCUGCCCACAGGAAAAACAAAACGAAACAAAAACAAACAGAAAAAAACAACCAGAAAUAAAAAAGAAGCGUUGACAGGAAUAAGUCAUGAAUAAUUCCUGAUACGAAAUAUUUUAUGCAGAUUUGAGGUAUCAUAGUUCAGUAAUUAAGAUGAAAAUUCCCACUCAAUUUCUUCCUUAUUCACAGUGAGGUCUUAUGUUGAA